CUGCCCCCUCCCCCAGCCCCUGGCCAGGAGCUGGGCUCUCACUGAAGCUGGGAGCGAGUGGGAAGGACAGCAGAAGCGGCUCAGAUCCUUGGCUGCCUCAAUCUCUCAGUCUCCCUGCGUCCCUGUGUGAGAGGCAGCACUCACUCUGUGUCUCUCUCUCUCUCUCCCCCCACCACCUCCCCUCCCAAACCCUACCCGCCUUCCCUCCCGGUGUCUGGUUCGGUAGCCAGCCCGCUCUGGAAUCCCGGCUACUGCUCAUAUUCCCGGCAGCAGCAUCAUGGAGAGUCCGGAGGAACGGGAGAAAGCCAAAGGAUGGGUGCGAAUUUCCACUUUCCUCACGCUCACCUGGAUGAGCUUUCUCCAAGUUUCCAGCGUAACAGGAGCUGAACCCGUCGACGUCCUCCAAAUUUUAGGCUUUGAUAAUUUGCCACAUGGAAUUCGUGAAACCCCUGGAUUCUGCAAGAACAGAAGGAACGUACAGGGGGCAGAUGUGGCGUACAAACUGACAAAACAAACUCAGCUCAGUGUUCCAACCCAGCAGCUCUUUCCAGAUGGACAGUUCCCACGUGAUUUCUCCAUUUUAGCUACGCUAAAGCCCAAACGGAACACACAGGCAUUCCUGUUCUCCAUCUACAAUGAGCAAGGUGUGCAGCAACUGGGAAUGGAGAUUGGUAGAUCUCCUGUGUUCCUGUACGAGGAUCAGAAUGGUCGCCCAGCGCCAGAGGACUAUCCAAUUUUCACAGAAACUAAUCUCGCUGAUAACAAGUGGCAUCGUGUGGCUAUCAGCGUUCAGAAGAAAAAUGUGACGAUGAUUGUAGAUUGUAAGAAGAAGAGUUCCAAAGCGCUCCCCAGGAGUAACAAUGCUGUUGUGGAUACAAAUGGAAUCGUGGUGUUUGGGACAAGGAUCCUGGAUGACGAGGUCUAUGAGGGAGACAUCCAGCAGCUCUUGAUUAUCCCUGACGCACGUGCUGCGUACGAUUACUGUGAUUAUUACAGCCCCGACUGUAACAGCCCACUUCCUAAUUUCCCACAGGCUCAGGAGCCACAUGGAGUCCAGAGAAAGAAAUCCAUUUCAUUCAUCAAACUGAAGAAGGAUGUUGGACAAACUAUAACUAAGAACAUAGCGACAAAGAUUACUUCCAAAAAAACUCUUACAACUCAGAAGAGGAAGCAACACUUUUCCAGCCACCAAUCAUCAAAACUUCAGGUUGUGAACAAUGUGCUACCAGAGGAGACAGGAGAGGAAUAUUACUACGAAACCUAUGAAGGAACGACCAGCUCAGCAGCCCAAGAGAAAGCUAACGAGACAAACAUUGAAGAAGACUAUAAAGAUGAAUAUCUGACUGGAGAGAGUUAUCAUUUUGAAAAGCAAGAGACUGAGGAAAAGGAACAGGAUCUUGACGAGUAUGACUUCAAUGAGUAUGAUUUCAAAACGUAUGAUCUCAAUGAAUAUGACGACAAGGAAUAUGAUGAGAAAGAGCAAGAUCCCACUGGGCAAGAUCCCACUGGGCAUGAUCCCACUGGGCAUGAUCCCACUGGGCAAGAUCCCACUGGGCAUGAUCCCACUGGGCAUGAUCCCACUGGCCACAACCCCACUGGGGACAGUGCCAAAGCUUCUUCCAGCAAAGGAACCAGUGAUAAUGACCAUGAAUUCAAAGCUUAUGACGUUGAGGAAUAUGACCCCAGUGAAUAUGAUACCAAGCGUUACGAGGAUGAAUAUUAUUAUGAAAUCACAGAGUAUGAAGAUAAAGAGCCAAAGACUACAUCUACUGGGGUGGAGUUUGGUCCUGGGGUACCUGCUGAGACAAGUGUGAACACGAAUUCCCUCGGACUGCUGGGGGAGAAGGGACAGAAAGGGGAGCCUGCCGUUGUGGAACCUGGAAUGCUGAUAGAAGGACCCCCUGGAUUAGCUGGACCACCGGGUCUCCCAGGUUCUGCUGGUCUGACUGGCCCUCCAGGUCCACAAGGUGAUCCAGGUCAGAGGGGUCCACCCGGACGAUCUGGCCUUCCUGGAGCAGAUGGAUUGCCUGGUCCUCCAGGUACAAUGCUCAUGUUACCGUUCCGGUACGGAUCGAGUGGGGAGAAGGGUCCGGUGAUAUCAGCUCAGGAAGCCCAGGCUCAGGCGAUUCUACAGCAAGCCAGGAUUGCAAUGCGAGGCCCAACUGGUCCAAUGGGAUUGACAGGACGAGCAGGUCCUGUGGGAAUUCCCGGAUCACCUGGACUGAAAGGUGAAGAAGGUGAAGAAGGUCCUCAGGGUCCGAGAGGAAUUCAAGGACCUAUUGGUGCUCCUGGAAAGGCAGGCAAGAGGGGUCGUCCUGGUGCCGAUGGAUCCAGGGGAAUGCCGGGAGAACCUGGAGCAAAGGGGGAUCGUGGUUUCGAUGGAUUGCCAGGCCUCCCAGGAAUGAAAGGAAACAGGGGUGAGCCAGGGGCAUUGGGCCCACCUGGACCUCCUGGAGAAGAUGGGGAAAGGGGUGAUGAUGGAGAGAUCGGUCCACGAGGGUUACCUGGUGAAGCUGGGUCAAGAGGACUUCUUGGACCUCGAGGAUCUCCAGGGCCCCCUGGACAACCUGGUCCUACUGGUUUGGAUGGGCCUCAAGGUUCAAAAGGAAACAUGGGCCCUCAGGGGGAACCCGGUCCUGCAGGUCAGCAGGGAAUCCCAGGACCUCAGGGUCUCAUUGGGCCACAAGGUACCAUUGGCCCCCCAGGACCCAAGGGCCCUCCCGGUAAACCUGGGUUACCAGGCCUUGCAGGAGCUGAUGGGCCUCCGGGCCACCCUGGUAAAGAGGGACCAGCUGGAGAAAAGGGUGCUGAGGGCUCCACAGGGCCACAGGGUCCAAUUGGAUACCCGGGACCUCGAGGAGUUAAGGGAGCUGAUGGAGUUCGUGGCCUCAAAGGAGCAAAAGGAGAAAAGGGUGAAGAUGGCUUUCCUGGGUUUAAAGGUGACAUGGGUGUGAAAGGUGAAAGGGGUGAAACUGGUCUGGUGGGUCAUCGAGGUGAGGAUGGGCCUGAGGGGCCAAAGGGCCGUGCUGGGCCUCCAGGAGACGCUGGAUCACCAGGAUCUGCAGGAGAGAAGGGAAAACUUGGCGUUCCGGGAUUACCUGGAUAUCCUGGGAGACAAGGUCCAAAGGGAUCGACAGGAUUCCCAGGAUUUCCUGGCUCAAAUGGAGAGAAAGGAGCAAGGGGUGUUCCUGGGAAACCUGGCCCUAGAGGACAGCGAGGUCCGACGGGUCCACGUGGAGGCCGGGGUCCCAGAGGUCCAACGGGUAAACCCGGAGCAAAGGGAACGUCUGGUAGUGAUGGUCCCCCUGGAGGCCCUGGGGAAAGGGGACCUCCAGGGCCCCAGGGUCCAACUGGAUUUGCUGGGCCGAAAGGUCCUCCCGGCCCAGCUGGUAAGGAUGGGUUACCAGGACACCCUGGCCAGAGAGGCGAGACUGGUUUCCAAGGCAAGACUGGCCCCCCUGGGCCAGGGGGUGUUGUGGGACCUCAGGGUCCGACCGGAGAGACUGGGCCGUUAGGUGAGCGAGGACACCCAGGACCCCCUGGGCCACCCGGGGAGCAAGGCCUCCCAGGAGCGGCUGGAAAAGAAGGUGCUAAGGGUGACCCUGGGCCCACAGGUGUAGCUGGAAAGGAUGGUCCCCCAGGUCUCCGUGGCUUCCCUGGAGAGAGAGGCCUUGCUGGAGCAAUGGGACCAGCAGGACUGAAAGGAGGCGAGGGUCCCAUUGGCCCAACUGGCCCCAUUGGAUCUCCCGGUGAGCGAGGAACUGCUGGACCUGCUGGACCAAUUGGUCUUCCUGGUCGUCCUGGACCUCAAGGGGGUCUUGGUCCUGCUGGAGAGAAAGGAGCUCCUGGGGAGAAAGGACCCCCGGGUCCAGCCGGUCGGGAUGGGGUGCAGGGACCAGUUGGUUUGCCUGGUCCUGCUGGGCCACAGGGACCUCCAGGAGAAGAUGGUGACAAGGGUGAGAUUGGGGAACCCGGUCAGAAAGGAACAAAAGGAUCAAAAGGGGAGCAGGGACCUCCUGGACCUCAUGGUCUCCAAGGACCCAUUGGACAGCCUGGACCAGCAGGUGGAGACGGGGAGCCAGGUCCCAGGGGACAGCAGGGAAUGUUCGGACAGAAAGGUGACGAAGGACCACGCGGAUUCCCUGGUCCGCCCGGGCCAAUUGGUCUUCAGGGUCUACCAGGACCACCAGGUGAAAAGGGCGAGACUGGGGACGUUGGUGCUAUGGGACCACCUGGACCUCCUGGUCCCAGAGGACCACAAGGACCCAGUGGGGCUGAUGGACCUCCAGGACCAUCUGGCGGUGUAGGUUCUCCUGGUGGCGUUGGUGACAAGGGAGAGACAGGGGAGGCUGGUAACCCAGGACCACCUGGAGAAAGGGGGCGAUCGGGGCCGAAAGGCGAAAUCGGAGACAAGGGAGAGGCAGGUCCUCCAGGGGCAGCUGGUCCGGCGGGUCCCAAAGGGCCACCAGGAGACGAUGGGCCAAAAGGCAACCCAGGUCCUGUUGGUUUCCCUGGGGAUCCAGGACCUCCUGGAGAACCAGGAACACCAGGAACAGAUGGAACUCCUGGUGAGAAAGGUGAAGAUGGAGAGGCGGGACAGCCUGGACCUCCUGGACCAUCGGGAGAAGCAGGACCCCCGGGACCUCCUGGAAAACGGGGACCCCACGGAGCAGCUGGGCCUGAAGGAAGACAGGGAGAAAAAGGAGCAAAGGGUGAAUCAGGAGCAGAGGGGCCUCCCGGAAAAACCGGCCCAGUCGGCCCUCAGGGACCUCCAGGAAAAUCAGGCCCCGAGGGGUUGCGAGGAAUUCCCGGGCCUGUUGGUGAACAAGGUCUCCCUGGACCACCUGGUCAAGACGGACCCCCAGGACCAAUUGGUCCACCUGGUCUGCCUGGGUUGAAGGGGGUUCCAGGUAGUAAAGGUGAGAAGGGUCACCCAGGACUGAUUGGAUUGAUUGGACCCCCAGGAGAACAGGGCGAAAAGGGAGACAGAGGACUUCCGGGACUGCAGGGAGCUCCUGGAGUGAAAGGCGACAUUGGCAUUACUGGAUCGCCUGGACCCCUCGGCCCUCCCGGACCUCCUGGUUUACCUGGUCCACUUGGUCCAAAAGGAUCAAAAGGUUCAACAGGUCCUGCUGGGCAGAAAGGAGACACUGGUUUGAUUGGGCCUCCUGGGCCUCCCGGCCCCCCUGGUGAGGUCAUUCAGCCAUUACCAAUCCGGACUCCGAAGAAAACACGGAGAUCUUCUGAUGGGAUCCAAGCUGAUGAAGCGGACAACAUCCUGGAUUACACCAAUGGGAUGGAGGACAUCUUUGGCUCCCUCGACAACUUGAAAAUGGAAGUCGAUCGAAUGAAGAACCCGAUGGGAACGUACAACAAUCCCGGCCGCACCUGCAAGGACCUGCAGCUGUCUCAUCCAGACUUCCCAGAUGGUGAAUAUUGGAUUGAUCCAAAUCAAGGUUGCCAUGGAGAUUCGUUCAAGGUGUACUGUAACUUCACCAGUGGAGGCGAGACCUGUAUCUAUCCUGACAGAAAAUCUGACGGAGUUCGGAUCUCCCCUUGGCCCAAGGAAACCCCUGGCUCCUGGUUCAGUGAGUUCAAGAGAGGCAAACUGCUCGCAUAUGUGGAUUCCCAGGGUGAGCCGAUCAACUUGGUGCAGAUGACAUUCCUGAAGCUGUUGAGUGCCUCUGCAAGGCAGAACCUCACCUAUAACUGUCAGAACUCAGUGGCCUGGUACGAUGGAUCCUCGGACAGCUAUGACAAAGCACUUCGAUUCCUGGGCUCCAACGAUGAGGAGAUGUCGCACGAUAAUAAUCCAUACAUCAAAGCGAUCACAGAUGGUUGCAUGUUCCGCAAAGGUUUAGAAAAGACAGUACUCGAGAUUAAUACUCCAAAAGUGGAUCAAGUUCCUAUCAUUGACUUGUUGGUGAGUGACUUUGGCAACAUGAACCAGAAGUUUGGAUUCGAGGUGGGUCCUGUUUGUUUCCUGGGCUAAGAGACUGAGACAAACCAAUACCUUCAUCGCACUCACCCACUACAAGACACGUGCAAGUUUUGAUCCUGGAUGGAGUAAACACUCUCUCGCUGUGUAUGUAUGUACUAUUACCUAGAAAUUAUCAAAUGCCCUUGUGGGGUCAGAAUCACAUGACUUAAACCUAUUAUGGGGAUCCCAGAGGAACUUACGAUGGUGUGGAGCUGCCAAAGGAAGAGCUUUACCCCAACCUCGAGGUAGGACAUCACCCAACAGCGACUGGCAGAACGGUAUAACUCAAGGUGCUCACACACAUUGCCAAGGUGCUCCGAAGGUGUAUUUUAAUGAACUGUAAUUAUUUUAUUGUAAAAUACCAUUUAUAUCUGUUUCCACUCUCAGAACUUGCAUGUGUCUCUCUGGCUGCCAUUUUUUAAAGAGCCAUAUUUAACUUUCUUUUGGAAAAAUCAGAAGCAAACUGUAAUAAUUAAAAAGAAACCAAAUAAAAUGUUAGCCUCUUGUGAAUGAGCUGUAUUCUUUCCUGCACUGUCCUUGUGUGAACAGAUGCUGCUCUUUAAGAUGUAACUGGGAGCUAGGCUGAGGCCAAACGGAUAUCAUUGGAACUCUGAGCCAAUUGGAUAAUUCCUUUCCAAGGGCCACCUACAGUGGUCGUGAACGGUUUGCUCCUGUAACAGUCAGCUUUGCUCAGGAUGCUGCUGAUGCCUCCUUUUACAAUGACUUGCCCGAUUUGUGGAGACUGACUCUGCAGAAGGGUGCAAGACACAGUGUUAUGGUGCUAUAUUUAUACAUUUUCAUUGGAUUCUGAAAUGUCCACGAUGUAAAAUGGAGUCAAAAGCACUUCCAGAAUUUAUGAAUCUGCAUAUGAUAAAUGUCAAACUUACCAGUGAACUUCAUUGAUUUUUACAAUAUCUGUGUUUGGGAACACAUUCCCCUGGCUUCAUACAGUGCUCCCUUCAAAUACUCCAUUUCUCUGCUUUGCUUGUCCAACUCUUUAAGCAGAGAAAUUGGUCCUCCAGUGAUUUGGAACAGGAGGUCCAGAGACUAUUUGAAAUGUCUUUAAUUAAAGCCAAGUACUGCCUGGAGAAGCUUGUCUGGGCUGCUCUCUCCCUUAAAACAAAAUACUUAACUCAUCACUCAUGAAAGGCCAUGCAUAGCCCAUAAUAUGUCUAGGUCAUGUGAUUCUAACUAGUUGCUAAGCAACAAGUCAGUAACAAUCCACAUGCAUCCCAAAAUUCUAUAUUCACGGUUUGUUAAAAUUGGAUUUUACAAUUUGUUCCCUGGCUGUUUCUGUUUCCAUCUUGGAAUUUGUUUCAUGAUCUAUGUAAGACUUGAAAAGUGUUUGGUUAUCUAUUAACUUUCAGGGUUGACUGGUAUUCAGACUCCAUCCAAUAAUCUGUGACAAUUGAGAUUCAAAUGGAAAUACUGCCUUUCCUCAUUUCCAGAGCAACGUUUGUAAAUAUUGACCUGGAAAAUAGUAACAGAAUUUCAUGAAUAAAAAAUUAAGUCUUGUC